AUGGGGCGAAAGAAGAUUGAAAUUAGACCGUUGGCGGACGAGCGGAACCGUAAUGUGACCUUCCUCAAACGUAAAGCCGGUCUCAUGAAGAAAGCAUGGGAGCUGUCCGUACUCUGCGGCGCCGACGUCUCGCUCAUGAUCUUCGCGGCCAACGGCAAGGCGUACGAGUUCUCCUCCCAAGAGCUCGAUACAGAGCUGGACCGGUACCUCGAAUACGAAGGUCUCAUUGAGCGGCGUCGCGCGCCCGAAUUUGCCGCAAUGCAAGAAGCGGGCGAGAGCGACGAUGAUGAUGAAGAGGAAGGGGCGGGGACUGGGAAGGGUGGCAAGGCGAAGGGCGGGAAGGGGGCGGCAGGGGCUGCGGAUGGGGACAAGAAACCAGUCAAGAGUCUGAAGGGGAAGGAGGUGUACAAGGUGAAGAUGCCGAGUCGGCGGGAGAUUGGGGCGGCGUCGGAUAAGAAGCGGAAGAGGGGGGACAAGGAGGGCCAGGGAAGGCCUCAGCAGGGGUUCAUUGAUGGGUUGGUAUCGGACAGCGAUGGUGAUGAGAGGUCCAGAGAUGGAUCGGAUAUGGCCAACCUCAACUACGCCAUGAAUCUCGGACCCAGUACAGCUGCCGCCCAGACCCUCGCCUCCUUCCCCUCCUCCCUCCCUCCUUCACACGCCCACCCCUACGCCCAACCCUCCUACUUCCGCUCCUCCGCCAACCCGUUAUCCGCACUCCAAUCCUCCCCUCAGCUCAAACCCCACCUUGACGCCUACUCACCGGUAUACGGCCAUUCCGCACCCCUGCCCUCCUCAGCACCAUCCAUGAACUUCCCACCGACGAUGGGCGGGCUCCAGUGGGACCCGGCACUUCUGCAGCGAUACGCCGAGUUCCAGCUGCAGCAGAACCAUCAGCGCCAGCAUCGGCUGUUGCUCCAGCGCCAGAGGGAGCAGUUGGCGCUUAUGGGUGUAGGGGUGGGUGCGGAGGGGGAGCGGCGGCUUUUGGAUGAUAUCUUUGGAGCGGGGGGUGCGAGCGGACGAGGCUCGGCGGGAGAUGGAGGGUACCCGUCUGCUGGGAUCGGAGGGGGCGAUACGAAUUUCCUCUGGCCAACGUUCAACACCCCUCAACAAUCCCUACCCCACCAGCAGCAGCAGCAGCAGCAAGCACCGCCGCAGCAACCGCAACAACAUCAUCAUAUCCUCCACCACCAACAUCAACAUCAAUCGCAACAUCAGAACCACACCAACACCCAUACCCAAAAUCAGAAUCACACCCCACACCCCACAUCAUCCGUCACGCCCGAUACUGUCCCCGCCCGACAACACAGCUACUACACGGACGAUUUCGACUUUGAUCAUCGCUCUCAAUCGCAACAACCGCAGACACAGGCGUCGAUGAGCCAGUCUCAGACGACGCAUCCCACGCCAGGCGCGGGGUCGGCGGAUGGGACGGGAACGGGAACGGCCGGGGGAUCAGGGGGCACAGGGGGAACGCCGUGGUAUACCGGCCUAGGGGGGGAUGUGGGCCGAGGGGAAGAGGUGACGUAUACGAGUCCGUCGGACUUUGAGGAGAUGAUUGGAAGGAAGAGGGCGGGGGAGGAGAUGGGGCAUGGACAGGGGCCGGGUCAAGGAGUGGGAGAUAAGCGGAUUAGAGUAUGA